AUCCACGGAAUGGGAGGCAUUGGUAAGACUACUCUUGCUAAAGCCAUCUACAACAAGCUCUCCAAUCAAUUUGAGCAUCGUAGCUUCAUUGCUGAUAUAAGGGAAUCAUGGAAGAAAGGCGUUCAUCAGAUUCUGAAGCGGUUAAUCGGUGAUAUAUUGCAGCAAGAUAUUGGAGUUCGUGAUGAGAAUGAAGGGACUAAUAUUAUCUCCUCUAGGCUUAAAGAUAAAAAGGUGCUCGUUGUCCUUGAUGAUGUGGAUAAUGUCGAUCGGGUGAAGCGUUUGAUUGGUAAGCAUGAUUUGUUUUCUUUGAGAAGUAGAAUCAUUAUUACCACUAGAGACGAGGGGAUUUUUAAACGCAUUGAGGUGGACUACAAGUAUGACCUUAAGGAAAUGGAUUCCGCUCAAUCCUUGAUUCUGUUUAGCAAACAUGCGUUUCGAAUGGACUCUCCUCCAAAGGAAUUUGGGGACCUCACUCAUAAAGCUGUAUCGAUCACAGGAGGGCUUCCCUUAUGCCUUGAGGUUUUUGGUUCAUUAUUCUACGGAAAAGAGUCAACAGAAUGGGAAGAUAUGAUAAAGAAGUUAGAAGAAAUCCCUCGUAAGGAAGUGCAAGAAAGGUUAAGAAUAAGUUACGAAGCAUUAGAUGAUGGACAAAAACAAAUAUUUCUGGAUAUCGCUUGCUUUUUCAUUGGCACUGACAAGAGCAUCGCAUCCUACAUGUGGGAGGCUUGUAAAUUUUUCCCAAAGGUCAAUAUUGAAGAAUUGAGAUUUAUGUCAUUAAUAAAAAUCCAAGAUGAUCGUUGGCUCGGAAUGCAUGACCAAUUGAGAGAUCUAGGCGGGACAAUUGUUCGCGAGAAUUACGAGCGACGACCUUGGAAACAUAGUAGGUUAUGGGACUCCGAUGAAGCCUUGAAAGUGCUAAAGGCAAAUAAGGGAACGGAAGAGAUCGAGGCAAUUGAUCCGAGUAAAGGCGACUCACAUGGCAACAUUUACACAGGAGAACAAUUCAAGAAUUUGACAACUCUAAGAUUCCUUCACAUGGAGGAAGGGGCACAUCUUAGUGGAGAUUUUAAGGGCUCAAUGGAGGGGUUAAAAUGGCUUCGAUGGCCAAUAUGCCCCAUGAAUUUUGAUAUUGAAGAGUUUUCACCCAACAGAAUUAGUUAAACUGGA